UGCUUUAUAGUGAGCACAGUGAAUGCGGCCAACACGCCCAUGAUCAACGCUGCCAUGGUGCUGUGCGACCGGCACUACGGCGGCAUCAACUACCCGCGCGGCGGCGUGGGGCGCAUCGCACAGGAGCUGGUGGCGGGGCUGGUGGAGCGCGGGGGAGAGGUGCGGUACAAGGCCAACGUCACGCAGCUGCUCUUCGACCACCACGGCCGCGCUGCGGGCGUGAAGCUCAGUGACGGGCGCACAGUGAGGGCCAAGACCGUUGUCUCCAACGCCACCCGAUGGGACACCUUCGGCAAGCUGGUACCGUUGGAGCGCAUGCCGGAGGAGGAGAGGCAGUUCCAGCAGCGGUACCGCCAGGCGCCCUCCUUCCUCUCCAUGCACCUCGGUGUCAAGGCCCACGCGCUGCCACCCGGCACUGAGUGCCACCACCUCGUGCUGGAGAGCGAGUGGGGGCGCAUGGAGGAGCCGUAUGAGAGCAUCUUCCUCAGCAUCCCCACUGUGCUGGACCCGUCGCUGGCGCCGGCGGGGCGGCACAUUCUGCACGUCUUCACCACCGCGUGGAUGCACGACUGGCAGGGCAUGAGCACGGAGGAGUACAGCGCAAAGAAGCAGCAGGUGGCGGAGCAAAUCAUCGCGCGCCUCGAGAAGACGCUCUUCCCCGGCCUCUCCAAUGCCAUUGAGCUCAUGGACGUGGGCACGCCGCGCACGCACCGGCGUUUCUUGAACCGGGUGGAUGGCACGUAUGGCCCCAUUCCCGCGCGCCACCCGCUGGGGCUGCUUGGGAUGCCCUUCAACACCACGCAAGUGCCGGGGCUGUACUGUGUGGGCGACAGCUGCUUCCCGGGGCAGGGGGUCAUUGCGGUGGCCUUCUCCGGCAUCAUGUGCGCUCACCGCGUCGCCGCUGACCUUG